AUGGGCGGGUGCGCGGGACAGGGAAACCUCCUGCGCUACCCAUCAGUCGUGUAUAACAAUUAUGGACUGCAGUGGUUUGUGCCAUAUUUGCUAGCUGUGUUCCUCAUCGCAAUCCCUACUCUAAUACUGGAGAUUUCGAUUGGGCAAGCUUACCGCGGCGGCUCUGUAAUUGCGUUCAGCAACAUCAACAGACGGCUGAAAGGAGUCGGCCUCGGAUCCGUGUUUGUCAGUUUUGUCGUCGUCCAAUACUUUACUGUCAACCUGGCUUGGAUUAUGAUUUAUUUCCGGAAUUCAUUCUCGAAACCACUGCCAUGGGAGGGCCGGAUUGACGACUUCUACAAUCUAGAUGUGGUUGCUAAUGUCGAUCCUGUUCCUGGCAGUUUGACACCUGACAAUAGCGCUGUUGCUGCAUACACUAAGUAUCCCGGUGCUGCGCUCAUUGGAGAGACUGUGGGCUGGUCCGCUUUUGUAUGGUUCUUGAUAUUCAUCAGCAUCUUCAAAGGUGUCGGAUUGACGGGCCGGGUUGUCUAUUUCACCAUGGGCUUGCCGAUCGUCACGACCAUCAUCUUUGUUGGCCGAGCUGUGUCUCUGGAGAAUGCUGGCGAAGGGAUUCGCUUGCUUUGGGCUACAUGGCGAGGAAGUCAGCUCGCAGAUGGCACAGUCUGGCAGACAGCCAUUGGGCAGGUCUUCUUCUCCACUGGAGUUGGCUUUGGGUACUUUACUUCAUAUGCAUCAUACAACCAGAAGCAUUCCAACGCUGUUAUGGACGCCUUCCUCAUAUGUGGAUCCAAUGUUCUUUUCGAGAACUUCGCCGCUUUUAGCGUGUUUGGCGUAGUCGGCUUCCUACGAAUGUGGCCACAGGACGGUGUGCGACUAGGUGCAUUUGUCGUGGGCUUCCUUACUCUGCCAGAGGCCGUUUUGCAAAUGCCAGGAGCACAGUUUUGGGCAUUCCUGUUGUUCUUCACGCUCAUCGUCCUUGGAUUCUCGUCGGCAUUCGUCAUGCUUGACGUGGUCGCUACGAUGAUCGUCGACUCUGGUCUUGUCAAAUGGUCCAGACCAUGGAUCGUCACCGCACUCACCCUGACCUCAUUUUUGAUGUGCCUACCAUACUGCACGGAAUUUGGCUACUACCUCCUGGACGGCGUCGAUCGAUGGAUCAACAAUGUCGUUUUGAUAUUCGUAGUCUGGUCCGAAGUAGUGAGUGCAACUACAGUAUACCGCUGGCACGAUACAGUCAGUCAGUGCGGAUUGCCCGCCUUUGCGAUCUACAACUUCGGCUACUUCGGAGGACAAUUCAUCGGAGUUGGCGUUGCACACGCGACCAGUGAGCCUGGCUAUGGAGUUGCUGCCGGUGUUGGCCUCUAUGCCGCAAGCUCAAUCAUUGCCGUUCUGGUGGCUAAGACUCCGGUCAUCACACGUCCUGCAGCGGGCAUUUUUGCUCGUAAUAAUGCGCUGCGGCUUUGUCAUUCCUUGUUGGGCAAGUUCUCACUGCUGGCAUUUUAUUCGGGGAAUCAACUCCGCCGCGACUUGAAUGUGAUCGUCRGCGGUGGGAAAAACUGGUCCAUUCCAGCCUUCUGGCCGUUUCUGCUACGAUACAUAUCCGGCCCGGUUCUUGCCAUUGUCUUCAGCUUCUCCUACCCUGAAUUCCAUACCUUGAGGUACGAUCCUUUGAUGAUCCUCGGCUUCAUCGUCUCGCACCUGGGUCUCCUCAUCAUCCUCGGAGGUUUCAUCAUGCCCAGGUACUACGCGGUCUUCGUACCGGUGCACAGACAGAGCGAAGGCACAGAGAUGACAACCACUUAUGAGACCAAGCUCAUCGAAACGACGUUGGCGUCCGAUGGAGACGAUGUAGCCAAUAAACAAGAAGCCGGGACCGUGGAGAAAGAUCUUAGCGACUCGAAGUAA